AUGAAAAACCUACAGCGCAAGGUACAACCAGUGAAGGGGAAGAUGGAGCCGAAGCCCAAGAGGAAGAAGACCAGGGCGGCGGCGCCAGCAGAGGUGGAGGAAUUCACGGCGCUUGAGCUGGAAGCGGCUGAGCAACUCGUCCGCCUUAGCGAGAGCAGCGUGUCCUUGGGCACCCUGCGCGUCCUCCCCGUCGCCCCCUGCGUGGCGCUCUCGGGUCAGUCCUCCUCCCCUCCGCGCUCCACGAAGGCCCCACCAGCGCCGCCGGCUUCGGGCGCCAUAAUUCUUGGUGGUUCCGAGGACUGGGAGGAAGAUGAGGAGCAUGAGGUGGCCGGGAGGCAGCGGAGGGUGAAGCGCUACCGCCUGAUCAGCGAGAUCUACGCCGCAACGGAGCCAAUUGGCGAGCGCACCGGUAGCAAACAAAACAAGAAAAGGGAGUAG